UCGGCAACAAGAGGGAAGCCGGUGCAGAGUUUAUCCUACACGGCAACGCAUUCACAUUCACCGCCGAAUUUCUACUCGUACGGGAAGCAGAAACCCUACCAGAACCCAUUCGCUUUACUCCCGGCCCCGAUCGAAACCACAGAGAGAGAGAGAGAGAGAGAGACGAAGCGAUCGAUAGAUCUCCAAUGGCGAUUAUUUCUCGAUCCCUUCGAACUCUAAUCAACCUCUCCCACCCUCCCCUCUCCCGAUCCAUCUCCUCCACUCCGCGCCUUAACAGCCUCGGAUGGUUCGACAAGAUCAAGGGCGCCAUCACCGGGAAACCCUCGCCCGACCCCUCCAAGACCACCUCCUUCUCCCUCAUCGAUUUCGCGAAUCAGAUGGAUAAGGCGAGGAAAUUGGGCUCGUUCAAGAACUUCGUGGCGGGGCGGUGCAGCGAGGCGACGAUCUCCGAUGCGUUCGAGAAGCAUUCGGAGAUCCUUCGGUAUCUCGGAUCGAUUGAUCCGACGGGAGAGAGUCUCCAAAACAGUCACAAAAUUGAUGCAACGAAACACUGUAAUUGCACUAUAACUGAGGUUGAGCAUAUUUUGGCAAAGUACUCAUGGGCCAAAGAGGCUCAGAAGAAGAUAGAAAAGUUGAAGGAGGAAGGAAAACCAUUGCCAAAGUCCUUUAGCGAGGUACAAAAGUUGAUGGGCUCGACACCAUUGGAAGUUGGCAGAUCCAACUUAGCAAAGAGCGGUCAAAUAAGUAGGAAUGCUCUAUGCCCGUGUGGGUCUGGAAAGAGAUAUAAAAGGUGCUGUGGAGCAAGCUGAGGUGGACAAGCGCCAAGCUCAUUUCCAUAUCAUUGGACAGAAAUUUGCCUCCCAUGACUUUGCAAGUGGCUUGAUGGCAAAGCUCGUUCUAAAUUAAACUCUACUCGGAUCAUCAUGAUCCUAAAACCAAUAUUUAGAAAGUUCCGAGCACAUCAAGAGAAGCAUCCUCUGUUGCGAAUGCAAAGAAUUUCGGCGGUAAUGGCUGGUUCUUCCUGUGAACUAACCCUGGGUGCUCAUUCUGUGAUAGGAUCAUAGGAGUGCUUAAUUUCCUGCACAAGUGAAAUAUCAGCAGCCCCCCUUUCUUUUUUCUUUUUUUUUUCUUUUUUUCUGUCUUUCAUGAAGUGGGUACAACUAUUUUUGUGAUUCGUUUAUUUGGUAACUUCUAAAUACUUCAUCGCAUGCUUCUCACUCA